AGAGACUCCAAUAAAAAGGCCACAUUUCCUCUCUCUCUCUCUCUCUCCCCCCCCUCUCUCACACACUCACACACUAAUACAUACUAUAAUACUACGUUGCGGUGUUUGUGCGUAUCAGUUCCUAUAUAAACCCAUCACCAAGAUUCCCCCUUUCUUUACAUAUUUUUGAACAGAAGAAUUAAAACUCUCUCCCUGUUUGUCAGCGCGGUCUUCUGCAAAUUUCAAAUUCCGCCAAAGCAAUUAAAAGGGGAAAACAAAUGCUCUCUGGUCCCCUCUUUAAUUGAUUGCCAUCCCCCUUCUCAUUUGAAUCUUCUUCCUUCAUCCAGGAUUGUUAAAUCUAGGGGAAACCCAUUAUGUAGAAUCAAUUUUGCGGACUACAAAUCAGUUUUCUUUCUUCGCCUUCCAAUUUUUUUUUUUUUUUCUGGGGUUCCCAGUUGGGGUUUUUUUUUUCCCCCUUUUUUCUUUGUUUUUGUUUUUGUUUUUUUUCUGGUGGAAGAGCUCAAGAAUUGGGGGGUUUUUGGUAGACUCUGUAAUUGAUGGAGGACAAGUGCGGGGUUUCUGAUGAGUCGUCGGAGAUGUCCAGAUCUGAAUUCAAGGUAUUGGCGGGAGAAAAGAGGGCUCGUCCUGAAAAGGAAGAAAGAUCCGAAUUUGACCCGAAGAGAGCUAAAAUGCGGGAUCUUGACGCCGUCUUUCGCUCCGAAGAAAAGACGGCGAAGGAAGCAGUGCAUCCUGUAAAUAGUGCGAUUGACCUGAAUUCUAACCUUCAUGUUAAUACAUCAACGUCAAGGGGGUUUGGCUUGGACCUUAAUGCAGAAGAUAAUGCUGACAAUGGCAUAUUUGAUUCUGAUCCUUGCAAAGAUUUUGGACGAGCAAAAUCUUUUGAUGACUCUGACUGUGGAAGUUCUAUUGGCCCACUGGAGGACAAGGAUCCAAUGAAGGUUUGGAAAGAGAUGAAACAAAACGGGUUUCUGUCAUCAUCUCAUGGAGGUGUGCCCAUGCCAAAGCAGCAUGGAAGGAAAAGCAAAAUUGAUGGGAUCAAAAGGAAGAUGGAGCUGGCUAGGAAAGAACAAGUAGACAGAUUUGCUAAGAUGGCGGCACCCAGCGGGUUGCUAAAUGACUUGAAUCCUGGGAUCAUAAACCAUGUCAGAAACAAAAAGCAAGUUCAUUCUAUCAUAGAAGCUCUUGUGAAAUCUGAAAAAAAUGAGAAUCUUCAUUCAGGAAUCAAACAGGGAGAUCAAAUAAAGAGGGGAACAAUAGAAUAUAGUGAAAGGACAGACCUACAAAUUACGAACAGAUCUGACUUGGGCCUGCAUUCCUUCUUUCGAGAAGCUAGUUCAAUGGCUCCUUUUAUUGAUCGCAUGCAGACUGGUGGAUAUUCUGCAUCCGUUAACAACUCAAUUUCUUUCCGCUCACAACUUACAGGUGUAGAUAAUGAGUCGUUCCUGGUUGAUAGAAGAGGUUUUGGAGGUACCAGAGCUCAUCUAAACCUAGAAAGUGAGGAUGACAUACUUGCACUGAAGUUGUCUUCAGCAAUGCCAUCAGAUAAUGCUAGUUCGUUGUCCAAUGAGGAAUCAGCCAAUUUGACCAGUGUUGAUUCACUCUCUGUGAAAGCUGCUAGUGUAGCUUCUCAGUGGUUGGAACUUCUUCAUCUGGAUAUCAAAGGGCGUCUUGCAGCACUUCGACGAAGUAAAAAGAGAGUUCGGGCUGUUAUUCAGACAGAAUUACCUUUCCUAUUUUCAAAAGAAUUUCCUUUAACUCAAGAAAUUCCAAAACCUGAGGAUGCUGCUUGUCCUCCCAAUUCAGCUGAUGCACAUCGUGCCAAAUGGAAAUUUCUGUUUGAUCAGAUGGAUAAAACACUCGUAGAAGAGGAAAAACAAAUGGAAAGUUGGCUGAACCAAGUAAGGGAAAUGCAGUUGCACUGUGAAAAGGGUCUUUCCAAAUACAGUUCAGCUUAUGCUUUACAGCAUCCAUUUGAGAAUGACAACAGGUAAAAAUUCUCUUUACGGGAUACAUUAUUUUGCAUCCUAAAUUCAUGGAGAGCAUAAAACAUGAUGUGGAACAAGGUACUAAUAGAAAAACAAAUUAUAGUAUGUUCUGUAAUUAUUAUUAAGAUCUACAAUUCAAGGAAAGCGUGACACUUCAUUUGCAAAGUACUGCUGUAUUACUUUCAUCAUUUUGUUAUUCAGUACUCCCUGUCCCUGAAGGAGGCUUCCUUUCUUUUACAUAAAGUUUGGAAGGUGCAAUAUAACAGUACUUUAAAUGGGUAGGUAUGAUAGUUUUGGUUAUGACAUUGUGGGAGCUCUUUGUAACUAGAAUGUGGCUGCCUUGCAGUUUGCCGAAGGCUGAUAGUACAGAGAGAGAUUUGGCAGUCAGGGCGGCUGCAGCAUCCAUCUAUUCAACGUGCAACUUCUUGUUGUCGAACGAAAAUUUACCUUGUUGCUGAUCAGCGUAAACACAUCUCACGCCUAGUAGCAUUGAUUUCCUAAUCAUAGUGUAUUUCUUUAUACCUACAACAUGAGCAGGAGAGGCCUGCUGAAUGAAAAAUUUAGGUAUUGCUUAAAUCUGUAGCAGUAGAGUUUGAUUAGAUUCACGAUUUAGUUUCACUGGCCAGUUUGUGUUGACCAUGAAGCUGACAUUUAUAAUGAAUAAUUUUAAUUAUUCUUGUUCAGUAUUAAUUCAAUUUAAUGUGGACACUCAAGCCAAUCUUCCUGUGAAUUUUUUGGAUGACAGUUUGAUACUUUUGUUGGUUAACUUUAAAGUUAACCCAAAUUAUGGAGAGGAU